CACUUAUUCAUCAACCACUACAUACUUUGACAUAUGUGUGUACACAAUGUAAAUAUAUGUAAGCUGAGCAAUGACACUUGUGUGUGCGUGUGGGAAAUAAAAAAAAUUUAGAGUGUAAAGACCGCGAGAGAAACAUAACUGUCCCGUAUAUUGUUGAGCAAAAAAAGGGUCAGCCAGAUGCGUUCUUACAACGUCACGUGCGCUUUUAAAUUUUUUAACACCGGGAAUACGGACCAUGUCCAAAUUGUCAAGGUCUGAGGCUAUCAAAUUUAUCAAAAAUUGGACCACCGAGGAAGUUAUACAAGUACUCAAAAAGAAUGGUCUCGAAGAAUGUUGUGAAGCUGUAUUAAAACGUCAAAUUGACGGUGACGAGCUUUGGCACUUGACUGAGGGGAAAUUAGCUCUUUGGAAGCGAGACUUGACGCGCUCACAAACAUGGAGCCUAUGGGGAUUUGUCGAGGAACUAAAUCGCGCGCCAGAAGAUCAUGUGGCGGCAUCAAAUAUUCUUCAAGUGGAACAAGAACCCGUAAGCGAUUCUGGAUCAUGGGGAACCGACUUCGAGGACGACGAAGAAGACGAUGACGCAUUAAUUAAAAAAAAUAAUUUAUUACGUAAAAAUAAUAACACGCGACAAAGUACUGAGUUUCGAAAUAGUUUAAUGAUGUUUCAGAGAAACGAAAUACUUGCUAAAAAAAAUAUUAAUUGUGCACAUACUAAUAAAACUAAUCGUAGGCCUGAAAGUAUUUAUAUGAACUGCGAAUCAGAACUUGAUGCUGCUGAUCAAGAAAAUGCGUACAUGAAUUUAGCGCAAGAAGAAGAAGUAAAAGUCCAAAGUGUCUCGCAGUUACACAAAAAAUUCGAGGCGACAUUGGCCGGUCAGUUGAAGGAACAGCUGAAAUUACGAUACCCCUCAGAAAAUAAACUAAUGAUUAAAAAACCUGAUAUGCCUGAUAGAUCUACGAAGCCAAAUCUCAAAUCAUUUUUGCACACAUCCCCGAGCCUCGUUCCCGAGAGCAAGGAAGUUAAAAAACCCGCUGCGCCACCACCGCGGCCCGAAAAAUGCCCCCGAGUUUUCGAAUGGUCUGACGAACUCCCCAAGCCUCCGGUGAUGCUCAGAAACUUUGACCUCGUCGCUAAUCUGCCGACUAAAACAGACGAGAGUGAAGACGAGUAUGAAGCUUUUGAUGAACAAAUUAUCGAGCAGAAUCGAAUUAAAAUAGGAAGUAAUCAAUCACUUGUACAAAAAUCUGCCGAGAGUGUUUAUAAACCUCCAAGUACAACCAGCCAAGAGGAUUAUGAGAUUUACGAAUGCAUUACAGAGAGUCCGGACGAUAAUACUUAUUACGUUCAGCCAAUUCCGAUUCCUAACGCAAAUGAUCCACCUCCACCGUCGGGAAUUUCAAGUACAGAAUCAACUCCCACGUUAACUUGUGUUACAAACCCAUCAAGAUCUCAAAACAAAAGUGAGCGUUCACCAGAUAAAAAAUCAGCGACUUUACCACACUCUGGCAGUAGCACAUCUCUAUCAGCGGAAAUGAGAGCUACCCGACCAUUACCACCCCCUCCAUUUGGACAAUCUUAUAUGGAAUCAACGUGGUUUCAUAAUGUUACACGAGAUCAAGCUAUUAGUCUUAUCAAAGACCGAGCUCACAAUGGAUAUUUUUUACUAAGACCAUCGACGUCAGAUCUCAAUAACCCACUGGUACUUGUACUUUGGUUUAGAGACAGAGUUUACAAUGUCCCUGUACGGAAAAGAACCGAUAGCAGAUUUGCCUUGGGGUCACUGAAAGCCGACGAACAAACUUUUACAAACGUCGAAGACAUAAUUAAAUUUUAUUCAAAAGAAGAACUCGUUUUGUAUUCCGGCGGAGUGCAGAUGGGCCGUACGAGAUUAAUAGACACACCCACUAAAUCAACUUCUGCUCACAAAUGACCUUUUUUAUUGUUAUAAAAUUUAAUUGGUUAAUUAAUUAAGAUAUUAACGAGCGAUACUGAUAAGAAAAAUCAAUGAGUUUGUUUCUGAUGACUGAUUUUUUAAUGAAUUUUUACAAGUGCCUUUUGCAUUAUCAAGUAUCGUCUUUACUCUACUUAAAAAAAUAUUUUUACGUAUCAAAAUUAUAUAUAAUAUAUAUUAUAACAUACUAAGUGCACUUAAAUAUUUAUCUAUUAUUUAUAACGACGUAAGUGCAAUUAAAUAUUUAGAAACAAAAUGCAUUUAUUUCUAUAAAAAAAAAAAUUAU